GAGUCAAUUUCUAUUCAGGCGCCCGACGUCGUUCCGCAGCAAAGCGAGAUCUUUAUCAACUUCAACUUCAUUCAGUUUCGUCCUUCUUUUGACGCCGGAUCCGUUGAAGAAUACUAUAAGAACAGGAUGACUAUUGAUCCCUCGCCCUCGACGUUACCCACUCCCACAUCCUUCCUCAGCAUGAGCCCUUCCAAAUGGCUUAUCUUCCCCGCGUCUUUCUUGUUCACUUUGGUAGUGAUGCUCCCUCUUUCAGGUUUACUCGUUCGUUGGAGAGCACAUUUUAGCCCUACGCGCACGAGGAGAGAGGGCAGUGGGGAGGAACAGGUACAGCAAGAGGCUAUGAAAUCUCCUGUAAUGGGGUAUUUCACUAUUGCCAGGAAAGUGUACGCUCUUGAAGGAUUGAAGGGGCUCUAUAAAGGCAUAGGAAUGCAACUAAUUAGCAUCGUCAUCAGUUCUGCGCUGUCGCACUUGAUCAUUCCUUUCCCUUUCUUCACCAGUGGAGGAGAUGAGUACAAACCACCAACGAGAAAACCCCGAGGCAGCAUUCAUUUCGGCAAUCCCGAUAUCCGUGUUUCAACCCAUCUCGCCGACUGGGUGUUACGUCUAGCAAUUGACAUUCCUACUCAGAUACUUCUAAAUCGCGCAAUAACCACGCCCUACAAACUCAGUUUCACCUCCCCAUUGAAAUCCCUCUCUCUCCUUCUAUCACCUUCCGAACUCCAAAACCCAUCAAACCUAUACCUCAUACCUGGAAUCACCCUUUCUAGAUUCCUCUUGGUCUUCUCUUGGGCUGCCGUCGACCCUAUCAUUAGUCUUUUGAUCCCAGUGUACGAUCCUAAUUCGCCUAGUGCUGGUGGUAGUGGAGUUCGAGCGCAGGUACCAUUUUUGGCGUUCACGGUCCUCGGAUCGAUUAUUAAAACGCCGUUGUCGGUUGCUAGUGUUCGGUUGUCGCUUCAGAGGUUUGAGCAUGGGGGUACUCCGCCGGGAAAUGAAGCUGAACCUUCGGAUACGACGGUGCAAUUGGAGAGGUAUUCGACAGAAGAUGUUAUCACACUAAAAGACACUCGCCGGUAUCCAUACACCGGACUGCUUGAUUGUCUGAAUACGAUUAUUAGGGAAGAAGGGUGGAAGACGUUGUUUAGAUCUGGAUGGUUGACUUUUCUUGGAAUAUGAAUAUGUAACCAUCGGUGGAUCGGCGGAUCAUGCAUCAUGGUUGAGUUUGUCGCUGGUGUGCGUGGUAGAUUGGUAUCAAGUGUGUUGUGAACAAAGUAAGAAUGAGAAGGGCUUGAUGUACAUAUGUACUAUGCUUUGUGCUUUAUUAUGUAGUAACGCGCGCGUCGAAUGGAAUUUUUUUUUUAAAUGUAA